UACCGCUGCUACUCGUCAAAACGCUAAAAAAAAAAGAAAGAAAGUGUGACAGAAAUGUGCGCUAACGGCGUUAUGGGAUCGCAGCUGAAGUUAGAAAUGAACAUUGAACAGUGUCGCCCGAGGUGGAGAGGAGCACAAGAGAAGCAGCAUCCGCUCUCCGGGGUUAAAAGUGCGUAGGUUUGCUUUUUUUAACGGUCUUUUAAGCGAAGUGCACCUGCUCGCAUUCUACGCUGCGUUUUGGUUUCUUCCUCGGAGGGGGUGCUGUAUUAUUCCAGUCAUGAGGAAAUCUGGCGAAAGGACAGGACUCUGGACUUAAACUGAGGAGAGACAAAGGGAGACGGAGGCUAAUCUGAAAUCCACUUUACACAUUUCCCACAGGUCUAGCUGGCCAAUGCCGGGGCCGUCGAGGAUAUCUGGUGGCGGCAGUAGCGUGUAUGCGAGCGUGAUCCCCGGCGCCUACCCCAUGUUCAGCCCAUAAUGCCGUCGUCCACGCGGAAAGGAAUGCCGAAGGACCCCGAGGAAGCUGACCUCUUCUUCAAAGAUGACCCCGAGGACGUCUUCUGUGACCUGCACGAGAUCGGACAUGGCAGCUUUGGGGCCGUAUAUUUUGCCCGUAACUCCUACUCCAACGAGGUGGUGGCCAUCAAAAAGAUGUCCUACAAUGGCAAGCAGACUACCGAAAAGUGGCAGGACAUCAUUAAGGAAGUCAAGUUUUUGGGACAGCUGCGACACCCAAACACGAUCGAAUACAAAGGCUGCUACUUGAAAGACAACACUGCCUGGCUGGUGAUGGAGUACUGCCUGGGCUCCGCAUCAGAUUUACUAGAGGUUCACAAGAAACCACUCCAAGAGAUGGAAAUCGCUGCCAUUACCCACGGUGCCUUGUUAGGACUGGCUUAUCUACAUUCCCAUAAUAUGAUUCACAGAGAUGUGAAAGCUGGUAACAUCCUGCUGACUGAGCAGGGCCAAGUCAAGCUGGCCGACUUCGGCUCUGCCUCCAUUGCCUCACCUGCCAACUCCUUUGUGGGAACACCUUACUGGAUGGCCCCAGAAGUGAUCCUAGCCAUGGACGAGGGUCAGUACGAGGGAAAAGUGGACAUCUGGUCCCUGGGGAUCACGUGUAUUGAACUGGCGGAGCGUAAGCCACCACUGUUCAACAUGAAUGCCAUGAGUGCCUUAUAUCACAUCGCCCAGAACGACUCCCCCACGCUGCAGUCCAACGACUGGUCUGACCCCUUCCGGAGCUUUGUCGACUACUGCCUACUGAAAAUUCCUCAGGACAGACCCUCGUCAGGGGAGCUGCUACGACAUGAUUUUGUGCGCCGGGACCGCUCGCCACGCAUUCUCAUUGACCUCAUCCACAGGACGAAGGACGCGGUGCGUGAACUGGACAAUCUGCAGUACCGCAAGAUGAAAAAGAUCCUCUACCAGGAGAAACACAACGGGCUCAUGGGAGAGAGCCAGGAGGAAGAAGAGGACAGCGAGGCGGCCAGCAGUAAGAUGAACAGCCUGGGCAGCAACCACUCCAUCCCCAGCACGUCGGUCAGCACAGGUAGCCAGAGCAGCAGCGUGAACAGCAUGCAGGAGAUGGAGGACAGCUGCUCUGACAUGACCAUGAUGCACCCCCAGGACUACAGCAGCACCCUGGACUCCUCCCCACACGCCAAAAAGGACCACCAAUUCAACUGGGACGAUGGGAUCCACAGGCCGGAGCUGAGGCCAGGCUCUUCCGACAAGGGCAGCCAGGCCCAGAACUACAAGAACCAGGGUCGCUUCGCCACCAUAAAGUCAGCUUCACUGGUGACCAAACAGAUCCACGAGCAUGAGCAAGAAAGCGAGCUGCGGGAGCAGAUGUCGGGCUACAAGCGCAUGCGGCGGCAGCACCAGAAGCAGCUGAUCGCCCUGGAGAACAAGCUGAAGGCCGAGAUGGACGAGCACCGGCUCAAGCUCCAGAAGGAGGUGGAGACGCAGGCCAACAACGCCUACAUCGAGCUGGAGAAGCUGGCGAAACGCCACGCUGUGCACACGGAGAAAGAGACGAAGACGGCGCUGGCGGACGAGAAGAAGUUCCAGCAGCAGAUUGUGGCCCAGCAGAAGAAGGAGCUGACCACCUUCCUGGAUAAUCAGAAGAGGCAGUACAAACUCUGCAAGGAGAAGAUCAAGGAGGAGAUGAACGAGGACCACAGCACGCCGAAGAAGGAGAAGCAGGAGCGUCUGUCCAAGCACAAGGAGAACAUGCAGCAUUCCCAGGCCGAGGAGGAGGCCCUGCUCCUGGGCCAGCAGAGGGUUUUCUACGACAGGAACUGCCGCGCCUUCAAGCGCAAAGUCAUGAUCAAGAAGCACGAGGUGGAGCAGGAGCAGAUACGAGAGGAUCUGAACAAAAAGAAGACUCAGAAGGAGAUGGAGCACGCCAUGCUGAUCCGCCACGACGAGUCCACGCAGGAGCUGGAGCAGAGGCAGCUGAAGACGCUGCAGAAGCUUCGGAUGGACCUGAUCCGCCUGCAGCACCAGACGGAGCUGGAGAACCAGAUCGAGUACAACAACAGACGUGAGCGUGAACUCCAUCGCAAGCACGUGCUGGAGCUCCGGCAGCAGCCCAAGAACCUCAAAGCUUUGGAGCUGCAGAUCAAGAAGCAGUUCCAGGACACAUGUAAGGUGCAGACCAAGCAGUACAAGGCCCUGCGCCACCACCAGAUGGAGGUUACACCCAAGGCCGAGCACAAGACGGUGCUGAAGGCCCUGAAGGACGAGCAGACACGCAAGCUGGCCAUCCUGGCUGAGCAAUACGAGCAGAGCAUCAACGAGAUGAUGGCUUCGCAGGCGCUGCGUCUGGACGAGGCCCAGGAAGCCGAGUGCCAGGCCCUGAGGCAGCAGCUGCAGCAGGAGAUGGAGCUGCUCAAUGCCUACCAGAGCAAGAUCAAGAUGCAGACCGAGGCGCAGCACGAGCGAGAGCAGCAGAAGCUGGAGCAGAAGGUGUCGCUGCGCCGGGCACACCUGGAACAAAAGAUUGAAGAGGAGCUGGUUUCCCUUCAGAAGGAGAGAACCGACCGGAUCAAACACCUGCUGGAGCGCCAGGAGCGGGACAUCGACACUUUCGACAUGGAGAGCAUGCGACUGGGCUUCGGCAACCUGGGCACCCUGGACUUUCCCAAGGACGACUAUAGAUGAGGGAGGGGGGGGGAGACGGGCACUGUCGCUAUCGUCGUCGUCGUCGCCACCACCACCACCGCCGUCAACCGCUGUCUCUCGUAGCCCCCUCUUCCCUCCCCUCCCCUCCCCGGGGGCCUCCCCCGUCCUCUCCUUCCACCUGCCCUGCCCUGACAGUGCAGGUGUUCUCUGCUGCUGACGCCCCCUCACUCAAAAAAAAACCACAUUAACAACAAACAGCUCCACAAUCAGCUGUUUCCUGGUCUGGGUCAGACACAGGUGAUGUCAGGUUUGAGUGGACCCCCCCCACCCACCCAUCCAAACUUCCUCCCCCUCCUUUCCCUCUCGUGGUGUCACAAGAUGACAAAAAAAAAAAAUAUGCUGGAUAACCUCCUGUAGUUGUCAUGUUUUUUUUUUUGUAAGAAUAAUAAUGAUAACAUAGUCACGGUGUUUUCUUGUUUCUUGUGCAAUGACGACACUUUUGGGUUCGACUAAAAGUGGAGGGUUCGCGAGACGGAGGGAGAGAAAAACGAGGGCAGUUGGACGAGCAUUUUUAAAAACCCGCUCCAGGUGAUUCGUUUUUCUUCUUAGCUUGUUAACAGUGCAAAAAAAAAAAAUUAAAAAUUAAUUUAAAAAAAAAAAUGAAUAAAUAAAAAAAAAUAAAAAAAUCUCUCAAAGCGAUAAAUCAAACAUCUAAUCCUUCCGCAGCUGUUUCAUCUUCCGCUGCUUCUUUCUGCUCCUCUUGGUAUUUAUUCAUCAGGACAUUUUUAAGGAAAAUGAAAAAAAAUCUGAAUAAUUUGAUACUUUGGGAGAAAUAUCACCGUGUACAUACAGGUACUCUCACAAUAAACCCUUCAGGUGCAUUUGAUCACUGGAGGGAGGGUGAAUCGCGGUACUCGACAUGUGUACGUCACCGAUUUCUCGGCAAAAUGUGAAAAAAACAACACGUGAAACUCCCAGCGAGCACAAAGGGCUUCUCGGGGAGGGACGGGGGGAACUUGUACUUUGUGUAUAGAAGGAUUUAUGGAGAGCUUUUACUUAUUUUCGUAUCGUAUUUUAACUGUCACUCAAAUCAAGAAAAAUAAUUUUUAAAAAGAGCUUCUUCUUUUCUUUUUUCAUUUCCUCCCCCCCCCUCCCUCUCCUUAGUUUAGUACUUGAGGUCAUGUUUCAUUUGUACUUUUUACUGUUCUGUCUCUUUGCUUUUUUACACAUCUCUCGAGCUGUGUAGUUUCCUAUAAAAAACCAGACCAGUAUGAUGCUUUAUUAUUGCAUGCACUUUAAUUUGUUUUUUCCAGGUUAAAAGAAAGCAUGAAUCUGUCAGAGCUUUUAAUUAUAUUUGUAAAUAAAGUGCUCAUCACACAAACUCGUCGGUUGUGUCGUCACAUGUGUUCAGAUCACGUCCUGCUGGAGUUUUUACCUUUUCAUCGUUUCUUUUCCCACAAGAGUAGAAAGCGAACAAGGUGAAUAGAUGUGGUCAUUUAAGAAUUUAAGCCUUUAAUCUAAAUUUAAUCUAUGAUGAGACGUGUAAUUGCAGAAAACAUUUCAACAAAGAACACGACUAUUUCACAGUUUCAGAUUUAUUGCAGGUGAGAAGAAAUUAAAUCUUUGAAUCUUUUUGUGGGAAACUAAAUACUUUCCAGCGGCCAAAAUU